UCUGCACUCCCACGCUUCCCCACCUCGCCAUUCCGUCGAGCACCUCUCGGGCAAUACCGGCGGCGCCAGCGGCCAUGGAAGACAGCGGUGCGAGGGUGGCGGCGGUGCAGCAGCUGAUGGCAGCCAAGGCCAAGUCCGGGAAGAGCUUCUCCGACAUCGGAGCCGAGACGGGGCUCACCAACGUGUACGUCGCGCAGCUGCUGCGGCGCCAGGCGCAGCUCAAGCCCGACACGGCGGCCGAGCUGCGGGCGGCCAUCCCGGCGCUAACCGACGACCUCGUGGAGCUCAUGAUGCAGCCGCCCUUCCGGUCGUAUAAGCCGGACAUGGUCCACGAGCCCGCCAUAUACAGACUGAAUGAAGCUAUCAUGCAUUUUGGAGAGAGCAUCAAGGCAAUCAUCAAUGAGGACUUUGGUGAUGGAAUCAUGUCGGCCAUAGACUUCUACUGUACAGUCGACAAAGUUAAAGGGGCUGAUGGAAAAGAUCGUGCAGUGAUCACAUUUGAUGGGAAGUAUCUGCCUCACACUGAACAGGUUUGUAAUUUCUUCAGAUGUUCCAUCGUAUUCUCUAUUCAUGAUAACCUCAAGGUGCUAGUUUGCAUAUAUUGAAUCAAGUACCAUUCCAGAGCCAGGAUUCAAUAGAUUUCAGUUCCAUUGCAGUCUAUAGGAGUUAGGAGAGAGAAGCUAUAGGAAAAAAAAAAAAUACACA